CGUCCGUGGGCUCCUUGGCUGGCGAGCCAGGGCACCCAGGCGGAGGAGGAAGACUGGAGUGGGGGCUCGCUUGCGGCCGGAGAGGAACAGCGAUCAAUGAAGCCCUGCAAAGAAGAAGAGGAGGCUGCGGCGGCGCAGGCUGCCGCUGGGGAUGGCAGAGGCGGCGGUGCAGACCCCUGGAAGGAGUGUGCAGAGGUGGCGGUGCAGCUGGCGCUCCGGGCGGGACAGAUUAUUAAAAAAGCCCUUACCGAGGAAAAACGUGUGUCCACAAAAACAUCAGCUGCAGAUCUUGUGACAGAAACAGAUCAUCUUGUGGAAGAUUUAAUUAUUUCUGAACUAAGGAAGAAGUUCCCUUCCCAUAGGUUCAUUGCAGAAGAAUCUACUGCUGCUGGGGAAAAGUGUGUCCUUACCGACAGCCCUACCUGGAUCAUUGACCCUAUUGAUGGUACUUGCAACUUUGUACACAGAUUUCCAACAGUGGCAGUUAGCAUUGGAUUUGCUGUUAAUCGAGAGCUUGAAUUUGGAGUGAUUUACCACUGCACUGAAGAACGAUUAUACACUGGCAGACGGGGUCAAGGGGCAUUUUGUAACCAACAAAGACUUCGAGUAUCCAGAGAGACAGAUCUCUCAAAGGCCUUGGUUUUAACAGAAAUUGGUCCAAAGCGUGAUCCUGAUACUCUGAAAUUGUUCUUCAGUAACAUGGAGAGGUUACUCCAUGCCAAAGCUCAUGGGGUACGUGUGAUUGGAAGCUCUACCUUGGCUUUGUGCCUCCUAGCCUCUGGUGCAGCAGAUGCAUAUUAUCAAUUUGGCUUGCAUUGUUGGGAUUUAGCGGCUGCCACUGUCAUAAUCAGGGAAGCAGGUGGUAUUGUGAUAGACACUUCAGGGGGGCCUCUUGAUCUCAUGUCAUGCAGAGUGGUUGCUGCAGGCACCAGAGAAAUGGCUAUGCUCAUAGCUCAAGCAAUACAGACUAUUAACUAUGGGCGUGAUGAUGAGAAAUGACCAAAGGAAGGAAGUACUGCUGCAUACAACCAUGAGCCUGCCUUUCUGGAAAUGUAGUACUUCAAGAUGGCUUUCUGGGAGGAUAGAAGACCUUUAACAGCUUGCUUUCAGUGUCCAAUGUUUAUUGUUCCUAACUACCCUCAGGGUGGGACUUGGGGGGUGGUUCAACUAAAGUGUGUGCCCUCCCUGCUUUAAUCCACAUAUCUUUCACCAGGGUUUGGUGUUUGGUUUGUAUACUGGUUGGUUUCUUUCUAAAAAUACAAUCACAGUUUAAAAGAAGUUCUGAAUGUUGGGGUUGGGGAAGUAGGGGGAGCUGACAGUUAAUUCUCCUGUGACAUAUGCAACAAUAAUUAAAUUUCUAUUUUUUUUUAAUAAUCCAGAUCUCAGGUAAUAAAGCAUAGAACUGCAGAUAAAUCAGUUAUGUUUGUGCCUAAAGUUCUCUGUUACAUGGUACUUGAGAAUACAAUAAAACAAAAUAAUGGCACUAUUCUUCUCUAACCAUGUCACUAUCAUAGAAGCAUUUUAGGUGCCUCCCAGAAGGACUGACAAAAAUCUAUUAAUAGACACUCAUGUAUACCCUUUGGAAAGAGUUGUAUAUUAAAACUGUUAGCAGUAUGCUGUGGAUUAAGAUACUUUCCCCUGCUUUGGGCCUCUUUUUUUAAUCAUCUAUAAAAAAAAUCACCUGUAGAGAAAGACUUCUUAACGUUUUUUGUGUCCCUUGACCCUUUUGGCAGUUUGGUGAAGCCUAUGAUCCCCUUCCAGAAUGAUGCUUUUAAAUACAUAAAAUGUAUAGGAUAACACAGGAAACCAAUUAUAAAAUACACAUAUCAAAAUAUUAUAAAGAAAAACCAAGUUUCCAGACCCCGAGUUAAGAACCUGUGGACUAGAGGAUCCCUAAAAGUCCCUUCUUUCUCUAAAAUUCCAUUAUAUUGUUUGGCUACUGUGAAAGCUUCCUUAAUGGGGAAUAAGGCUGGCACUUUAAAAUAUAAGUAGUAUACAUACAGGAAUAUCAAGUAACUCAAAAUUAAUCACUCGAAAGUGAGUUUGGGAUGGGGUGGAGGAGUUGGGGGUAAGGGUUUGUCUCCAUGAUUCCUUUGCUCAGUUCAUGGGACUUAGGAAAACCUUUUUUGGCAAGGGAGGGGCAGUAAGAGGUAAAGUUAUCUUUAAGAAAGCAGAGUAAGCCAAAUUAGGAUAUUAAAAUAAAUUUUGUCACCCUGGAUGCCCAAGUACCUUAAUUUUUUAAAUUAAGAAUAAUGGGAGAAAGGAGUAUGUGGAUUUACCAUGAUUACCAUGAUUUACCACGAUUACUAUGCACAUCUUAAACUUUCCCUUAAGGUUCUUUUUAGAAUUUCAAAUUUUUAGCUUCAGCUCCCAAAAUAUAAAUAGCCUCAGUACUUGAAUUUUUUUCUUUUAGUCUGCUGGUAGCUAAGGUUUUGUUUUUGUUUUUAACAUUAUUUCCUGCCUCUUUUUUCCCUCUAUGCCAGAAAGGCACCCCUUUACCUUCUUACCAUAAGUACUUACCUCCACUGUCUCUCAAUUUCCCUUGACCGUUUGGGUGUCCUUGGAGGUAGACUUAGGAACUAAAACCAGAUGUGUUCACAUGGCUCCAGUCUGAAGGCCAAUCAGCCAUUUGGUGCCAAUAUGCAUCUGAGUACUUGGAAAAAGGGAGGGCCAGGGCCCAGUUUGAUGUCCUCUUUCCACAAGGCCAUUUAGAUUACUUAGUUGGCUAACUGAUUCCCACAGAGAAGCUAGCCCAGGAAGGCUGGGUUUACACAGCAAAAUGAAGUGUGAAAUUGGUGCAGUUAUCUGGAUGAUAGCAUCAGGCAAAACAAAAGGGUGCUAUUGAAUCAAGAGAGAAUGUUCAAACAAUCAAUAGUGAUUGAGCAGUCUUACUUGCUACUUUCCUGUAGGAGAGAGGAACAGAAGUAUUAUAUGAGACUCAGUCCCUGCCUCCAAGGAGCUUAAGAUCUAGAUCCUUUGAGGACUAGAGAAAAACUUCACAGAAGUGAUAGGAUUUCUAGGGUGUGAAUAGAGAGGAGGGUAGCUGUGAAGAAGUGCUCCUAGGAGGUAAGGAAAUUUCCUCAAUUCAAGACCCAAGAAAACUAGUGAAAAGUGGGCUUGAAUUUAGGAUUUGGGAAUUGUUCUUUCUUGGACUUUAACCACAUAACUCUUUGCUAUUUAUACUGAGUACUUUUUAUUUAUACAUAACAGAUAUUAAAGAUAAGUUUGUGCUAUAGAAGUCAGUGGUCAGUUUAAACCUUGAAAACUAUGAUUCCUUGCCAGAUCCCCACUAGUGAAUUCAUUUUUGUUCCCAAGGAAGAGAUCUGUAGAGCCAAGGAAGGAGGGAAUGGGGAACGGAGAGGUCAGGACAAAUCACAUAGUAGGCUGCUGACAUAGAGAUGAACGAGGUAAAAGUGAAAAAUCUGAGGCAGCUUUAAGCAGAAAAAGUAGUCACAAAACAGCACUAUGCAACCUGAAGGAAGGAGAUGGGUAUACAGAAUGGUCCCCUUGGUGAAUGUGGAAAGAUGUUAUGGGCUAAUAGUAUAAAGAUGAGCCACAGCAGUUUGGGAAACCAGCUAGUAGUCACAUCUGCCCUCAUUUGCUGCAUCUUUGAGUCACUGCUCAGGUUCCAGGAGAUCUGGGCCUUGUAUCUCCAUACCUGAAAGACUCGGAGGAUUACUCUCUGAGCCAGUUCCACUCUAACCUGGAGCAGAGCUCAGCACCCACUCAAAAUGAGGUCAUACUCCUGCUAUCCCAGCAGUUAAGCAGACAGCCAAUGAGACAGUUCUAUACUUGAAUUUGAGAAAUACUUGUAUGAAUUCUACACUCUGCUUGCUGUUGAGGCCUGCUUUAUGGUAAGCCAGGUCUUGUCAAGUGUAGAAGCUGCUUGGGAAUGGGGGUUGGAGAGAGAUCAUUCAGUGUUCCAGAAUUUUAAUGGCCUGAUUUUAAUUUUAAUGGCCAACGGUCAUCCCAAUGGGCCCCACCUUUCCACGUAGGAGUUCACAUCAGUCACAUCUGGUGUAGGUUGAGGGGGUGGAGGGAAGGAAAGGUAUUCAAAAGAAAUAGAAAACAUCCUAUUGUAAGGGUGCUUCAAAAGGAAAAUGGCUAAUAAACCCAGGACUAUUUCUUCUCUAAUCCUUCUCUUCCAGCCAAUAGUUGGGGAUUAACACCACAAAAAUAUAAAAGAUUUAAUAUUUUUGAGCAACAUACAAGUGGAUGAAGUUUAGUACAGUUUGAGCAGAGAGCACAAGUGUGCAAAGUCUUUGGGAUUUGGUGAACUGUCAACCAAGUUUCGAAGAAGGCAAGAAACAUUGGUGGAAAGAAUUUUUUUGUAACCAGACCUGUGAUAUCAUUGGCAUAGGGGAACUCCUGAGAAGACUUUACCAAUACAAAGCUGCUCCUGCUCUGCAGUUUAGUCAGAGAGUUGCCUGAGGCACUGAGUGACCUAUUCAGGGUCACAAAACUAAGAUGUGCUAGAGAUAAGACUUGAACACAGGUCUCUCCCUAGGCCAUGCUACCACUCUCCAGCUAGAUUAAAUGGCUCCCCAAUUUUUCCUUUCUUUCCACUCCCAUGACCUUUAACACCUCUUAUACUAUUAACUUCUUAAUUGGUCUUGUUUCCAUCACUGCUAAUAAAAUGAUCUUCCUAAGGCACAGGUCUGACCAUGUCACUCUCUUCCCCCAAAACCUUCGGUUAUUCCCUAUUACUUAUCAAAUGUAAACAUCUUAAUCUGACAUUUAAGCUAUUUCACAAUCAGACACCAAUCUGUCUCUGCAGCCUUAUUUCACAUUACAUUACAGCCAAACUGGCCUCCUAGAUUUUCCCCAAAUACAUAUCAUCUCCUGCUUUUGUAAAUUCAAACAGACCCUUCCUCAUGCCUAGGAUACAUUUCCUCCUCCUCCCAGCUUUCCAGAAUCCUCAUCUUCCAGUUCAGGCGCCCCCUUCUCCAUUUAUUAUAUACUAUAUACUCCAUAUACUAUACUAAAAAUAGUCUACUAUAGUUAAGGUGGAGAGGCAAAGGGGAAGGUGGUGUGCUGGGGCUUGUCAUCAGGAAGACAUUUAUUCGAAUCCCAUCACCCACGCUUACUGUGUGAUCCAAGGAUCACUCGCUUCUCUCUGGACCUCAGUUUCCUCAUUCAUAAAAUGAAGGGAUGAGACUGGAUAUUUCUAAGGUUUCUUCCAGCUCUAGUAUUUCAACAAUAACUAGUGUUCACCAUGCUUUAAAGACCAGGUCUCCAAACAAGCCAACUCUGUGAAUAGCAAUAUUGUCUUAU